AGUUGAAACUUGAGCAUCGAGCCAUCGACUCUGCAUACUGGAGUCUGGAGUGGAAGAACGGCCGAACAGGCAAGGGAGCCCCUCCGAUUCGCCGGAUAACUCCCGAACAGGUUCUUAGCUGCAACAACAUCAAGAGUAUCCUAAGUGCCAAGGCCUCUUGCAUUCUGUUCAGGGACUCUACUUGUCAGUGCUUCCACAACUUUUACUCCCUUGAGCUACAAGGAAGAGGAGCUUGCAGAAAACCUAGUUUUUGGCUACAAUGUUCUGUUCAAUCUCUGGCGUAGUGCCAGAAGAGCCUGCAAUUUCAAAGAAAUCUGGAUUACUCUUUGAGAAACGACUGAUCGAGCAUCAUGUAGCGGACUAUGGGAAAUGCCCAGUGACUGGGGAGCCACUCACUAUGGAUGAUAUUGUGCCAAUCAAGACAAGUCGGAUAGUAAAGCCAAGGUCCUCACAAGCUGCAAGUAUCCCUGGUUUGUUAGGGAUGUUUCAGAAUGAAUGGGACGGGCUGAUGCUGUCUACUUUUGCUUUAGAACAGCAGCUACAUAUGGCAAGGCAAGAGUUGAGUCAUGCUUUAUACCAGCACGAUGCUGCAUGUCGCGUCAUAGCAAGAUUGAAGAAAGAAAGGGACGAGGCAAGGUCCCUUUUGGCUCAGGCUGAAAGACAGAUUCCUAUGUCUGCAUCAGCUGCUGCUGCAAAUGCUUCAGCUCUUAGCAAUGGGAAAAGAGCUGCUGAGGAUGAGGAUUUGGGCCCAAGUGGAAAGAGAAUUCGUCCAGGCAUUUCGGCUGAUAUCAUUACAGAGCUUACAGAGUGCAACUCUAUGCUAUCACAGCAGCGGAAAAAGCGGCAGAUUCCUCCAACUUUGGCACCAAUUGAUGCUCUGGAGAGGUAUACUCAAAUAUCCAGUCAUCCCCUUCACAAAACUAGCAAACCGGGUAUUCUUUCUGCUGAUAUCCAUCCUUCAAAGGAUAUAAUUGCGACAGGAGGGGCUGAUACAAAUGCCGUCAUAUUUGAUCAUGCAUCUGGGCAAAUCUUGUCUACACUCAGUGGUCAUUCCAAGAAGGUUACCAGUGUUAAGUUUGUACCACGGGAUGAGUUAUUUGUAACCGGUUCAGCCGAUAAGACUGUGCGUGUAUGGCAAGGUUCCGAAAAUGGGAACUAUAAUUGUCGGCACAUCUUGAAGGAUCAUACUGCAGAGGUGCAAGCUGUCACGAUCCAUGCCACUCAUAACUACUUCGUGACUGCAUCUCUUGAUAAUACAUGGUGCUUUUAUGAUCUUUCUUCUGGAUUAUGCCUCACUCAGGUGGGGGAUGCUUCAGGGUCUGAGGGCUACAUGUCAGCUGCUUUUCAUCCUGAUGGUCUUAUUCUUGGAACUGGUACCUCAGAAGCUCUUGUUAGAAUUUGGGAUGUUAAAAGUCAGUCAAAUGUUGCAAAGUUUGAUGGGCAUGUUGGGCCAGUAACUGCCAUAUCUUUCUCUGAAAAUGGUUAUUUCCUGGCGACAGCAGCUCACGAUGGCGUUAAGCUUUGGGAUCUACGCAAGUUGAGGAACUUCCGGACCUUUACUCCAUAUGAUUCAAAUACACCAACUAAUGCUGUUGAAUUCGACCACAGUGGUAGCUACCUUGCAAUUGCAGGCUCAGAUAUCAGAGUUUACCAAGUUGCAAAUGUUAAAUCAGAUUGGAAUAUUGUCAAAACAUUCCCAGAUUUGUCCGGCACAGGGAAAGCAACUUGUGUGAAAUUUGGUUUGGAUGCAAAAUAUAUGGCAGUAGGAUCACUGGACCGUAACCUCCGCAUCUUUGGACUGCCUGAGGAAGGUGCAGAAGAGUCUUAGAACUUCAAUGCCCCAUUUAUGAAAUGAACCUGUCAGCAUCUAUGGAGUGCUGCAUGAACAGCGGAUAACAUUGGUUUAAACCGGUAGAUGCACAACGGAGGAGGGGGUUUUUUCUUGUUUUUUUUUUUUUAAUUUAUCCAAUGUGAAAUGGGAGACAAAAGGGAAGGACUGCCGGAGGUUUUAGUUGUAUCUCCUGAGUUCUACUUGUGAAGUAGGAGCUUGCAUUGGAAAUUAUGAUACCUUUUGUAUCUUGUCAAUUCGAUUUGCAAUACCUUUGAAAUUUUCUUCCAAGGAUGCCUUAAAGAACCUGUGUAAACUGUAAAGUCAUCUUUGAUUAUAUUAUAGCCGCGCUCUAUUGUGUUA